AUGGACGACCGGAACCAGAAGAGGAAGCUCUCCAACCGGGAGUCGGCGAAGCGGUCGCGGAUUCGGAAGCAGCGGCAUUUGGAGGAGCUCCUGGACGCGGCGGCGCGUCUGAGGAAAGAGAAUGGAAGGGCGGUGGAUCAGGUGGAGGCGCUGAGCGAGCAACACCGGAGGAUGGAGGCGGAGAACGCCGCGCUCAGGGCGGAGGCGGAGCGGCUGACGGAGACGCUGCGGUCGCUGCACUGCCUGGUGGAGGAAGACCCGUGGCGGCCGACACACCCGGCCAUGGCCGCCAUGGCGUCGACUGACGUACCGCUUCGUGUUUAUCCAUGUGGCCGGUAG